GCGGGCAGCGGAAACUGAGGAGACAGUCCGCGGGCACGGGAAAGGAAGCGGCGAGUGCGCGCGCAGCGGAGGCGCGGGCGCCGUGUAUUGGGGGGGGCCGCCAAGUAGGGCGGGCGCGCGCGCGGCUUCCCCUCGCUCGGCUGCGGCGGCUUCUUUGUUUCGUGAGGAGAGAAGAGACACCCACUCAGUCCUCUGGCCCCGCGCAGAGGGGCGGGGGCAGCGCUGCGAAGGCUACGGCGCCGGCAGUUCCCGCAGGAGACCACUGUCCACAGCUCCUGUGAAGAUGUCCACUCCAGACCCACCCCUGGGCGGAACUCCUCGGCCAGGACCUUCCCCGGGCCCAGGUCCCUCACCUGGAGCCAUGCUGGGCCCUAGCCCAGGUCCCUCACCAGGCUCUGCCCACAGCAUGAUGGGGCCCAGCCCUGGGCCACCCUCAGCAGGACACCCUAUCCCAUCCCAGGGGCCUGGAGGGUACCCUCAGGACAACAUGCACCAAAUGCACAAGCCAUUGGAGUCGAUGCACGAGAAGGGCAUGCCGGAUGACCCACGCUACAAUCAGAUGAAAGGCAUGGGCAUGAGGUCUGGGGGCCACGCAGGCAUGGGGCCCCCACCCAGCCCCAUGGACCAGCACUCCCAAGGUUACCCCUCACCCCUAGGUGGCUCUGAGCAUGCCUCUAGUCCAGUUCCAGCCAGCGGCCCGUCCUCGGGCCCCCAGAUGUCAUCUGGGCCAGGAGGAGCGCCAUUGGAUGGCACCGACCCCCAGGCCUUGGGGCAGCAAAACCGGGGCCCGACCCCAUUUAACCAGAACCAGCUGCACCAGCUCAGAGCUCAGAUCAUGGCCUACAAGAUGCUGGCCAGGGGGCAGCCACUCCCUGACCACCUGCAGAUGGCCGUGCAAGGAAAGCGGCCGAUGCCCGGGAUGCAGCAGCAGAUGCCAGCGCUACCUCCACCCUCAGUGUCCACCACGGGACCUGGCCCUGGCCCUGGCCCCGGCCCGGGCCCCGGCCCUGGCCCAGGACCAGCACCUCCAAAUUAUAGCAGGCCUCAUGGCAUCGGAGGGCCCAACAUGCCUCCCCCUGGACCCUCAGGCGUACCCCCCGGGAUGCCAGGUCAGCCCCCGGGAGGGCCUCCCAAGCCCUGGCCUGAAGGACCCAUGGCAAAUGCAGCUGCCCCUACCAGCACCCCUCAGAAGCUGAUCCCCCCGCAGCCCACGGGUCGCCCUUCACCUGCUCCCCCUGCUGUCCCGCCUGCUGCCUCACCCGUGAUGCCACCCCAGACACAGUCUCCAGGGCAGCCGGCCCAGCCCGCCCCCAUGGUGCCACUGCACCAGAAGCAGAGUCGAAUCACCCCCAUCCAGAAGCCACGGGGCCUUGACCCUGUAGAGAUCCUUCAAGAGCGGGAGUACAGGCUGCAGGCUCGCAUUGCACACCGAAUUCAGGAACUUGAAAACCUUCCUGGGUCCCUGGCUGGGGAUUUGCGAACCAAAGCAACCAUUGAGCUCAAGGCCCUCAGGCUGCUGAACUUCCAGAGGCAGCUGCGCCAGGAGGUGGUGGUUUGCAUGCGGAGGGACACAGCCCUUGAGACUGCCCUCAACGCCAAGGCCUACAAGCGCAGCAAGAGACAGUCCCUGCGCGAGGCCCGCAUCACUGAGAAGCUGGAGAAGCAACAGAAGAUCGAGCAGGAGCGGAAGCGCAGGCAAAAGCACCAGGAAUACCUCAAUAGCAUUCUCCAGCAUGCCAAGGAUUUCAAAGAAUAUCACCGAUCAGUCACAGGAAAAAUCCAGAAGCUCACCAAGGCUGUGGCCACAUAUCACGCUAACACAGAGCGGGAACAGAAGAAAGAAAAUGAAAGAAUUGAGAAGGAGAGAAUGCGGAGGCUUAUGGCUGAAGACGAGGAGGGCUACCGCAAGCUCAUUGAUCAGAAGAAGGACAAGCGCCUGGCCUACCUCUUGCAGCAGACAGACGAGUAUGUGGCUAACCUCACUGAGUUGGUGCGGCAGCACAAGGCCGCCCAGGUUGCCAAGGAAAAGAAGAAGAAAAAGAAAAAGAAGAAGGCAGAAAAUGCAGAAGGACAGACACCUGCCAUUGGGCCUGAUGGUGAGCCUCUGGAUGAGACCAGCCAGAUGAGCGACCUCCCCGUGAAGGUGAUCCACGUGGAGAGUGGCAAGAUCCUGACAGGCACAGAUGCUCCGAAAGCAGGGCAACUGGAGGCUUGGCUUGAGAUGAACCCGGGGUAUGAAGUUGCACCAAGAUCUGAUAGUGAAGAAAGUGGUUCAGAAGAAGAGGAAGAGGAGGAGGAGGAAGAGCAGCCUCAGCCAGCGCAGCCUCCCACCCUGCCUGUGGAGGAGAAGAAGAAGAUUCCAGAUCCAGAUAGUGACGAUGUCUCUGAGGUGGACGCACGGCAUAUCAUUGAGAAUGCUAAGCAAGAUGUUGAUGAUGAGUAUGGUGUGUCCCAGGCCCUUGCGCGUGGCCUUCAGUCAUACUACGCUGUGGCCCAUGCUGUCACUGAGAGAGUAGACAAGCAGUCGGCGCUUAUGGUCAACGGUGUUCUUAAACAGUACCAGAUCAAAGGCUUGGAGUGGCUAGUGUCCCUGUACAACAACAACCUAAAUGGAAUCCUGGCAGACGAGAUGGGCCUGGGCAAGACUAUCCAGACCAUUGCACUCAUCACAUACCUCAUGGAGCACAAGCGUAUCAACGGGCCUUUCCUUAUCAUCGUACCUCUCUCAACACUGUCUAACUGGGCAUAUGAAUUUGACAAGUGGGCCCCUUCUGUGGUGAAGGUGUCCUACAAGGGCUCCCCGGCAGCAAGACGGGCUUUUGUCCCACAGCUCCGGAGUGGGAAGUUCAAUGUUUUGCUGACUACAUACGAAUACAUCAUUAAAGACAAGCACAUCCUUGCCAAGAUUCGUUGGAAGUACAUGAUUGUGGAUGAGGGCCACCGCAUGAAGAACCACCACUGCAAGCUGACACAGGUGCUCAACACUCACUACGUGGCCCCCCGCCGCCUGCUGCUGACGGGUACACCCCUACAGAAUAAGCUCCCUGAGCUCUGGGCACUGCUCAACUUCCUGCUGCCCACCAUCUUCAAGAGCUGCAGCACCUUUGAGCAGUGGUUCAAUGCACCCUUUGCCAUGACUGGUGAAAAGGUGGACCUGAAUGAGGAGGAGACCAUCCUCAUCAUCCGGCGUCUCCACAAAGUGCUGCGGCCCUUUCUGCUCCGGCGGCUCAAGAAGGAAGUUGAAGCCCAGUUGCCCGAAAAGGUGGAGUACGUCAUCAAGUGUGACAUGUCUGCUCUGCAGCGGGUGCUAUACCGGCACAUGCAGGCCAAGGGUGUGCUGCUGACCGAUGGCUCAGAGAAGGACAAGAAGGGCAAGGGCGGCACCAAGACGCUGAUGAACACCAUCAUGCAGCUGAGGAAGAUCUGCAACCAUCCGUACAUGUUCCAGCACAUUGAGGAGUCCUUUUCCGAGCACUUGGGCUUCACUGGCGGCAUCGUUCAAGGACUGGACUUGUACAGAGCCUCGGGUAAAUUUGAGCUUCUUGAUAGAAUUCUUCCCAAACUCCGUGCAACCAACCACAAAGUGCUGCUGUUCUGCCAGAUGACCUCUCUCAUGACAAUCAUGGAGGAUUAUUUUGCAUAUCGCGGCUUUAAAUACCUCAGGCUUGAUGGAACCACAAAAGCAGAGGACCGGGGCAUGCUGCUGAAAACCUUCAAUGAGCCUGGCUCCGAGUAUUUCAUCUUCUUGCUCAGUACCCGGGCCGGGGGGCUCGGGCUGAACCUGCAGUCAGCUGACACUGUGAUCAUUUUCGACAGUGACUGGAAUCCUCACCAGGACCUGCAAGCCCAGGACCGAGCCCACCGCAUCGGCCAGCAGAAUGAGGUACGUGUGCUCCGCCUCUGCACAGUCAACAGCGUGGAGGAGAAGAUCCUGGCCGCGGCCAAGUAUAAGCUCAACGUGGACCAGAAGGUGAUCCAGGCUGGCAUGUUUGACCAGAAGUCCUCUAGCCAUGAGCGCCGCGCCUUCCUACAGGCCAUCCUGGAGCAUGAGGAGCAGGACGAGCGCAUGGAUCUGGACCGCAGACGCGAGGAGGCCCGCAAUCCCAAGCGUAAGCCGCGCCUGAUGGAGGAGGAUGAGCUCCCCUCGUGGAUCAUCAAGGAUGAUGCUGAGGUGGAGCGGCUGACCUGUGAGGAAGAGGAGGAAAAGAUGUUUGGCCGCGGCUCCCGCCAUCGCAAGGAGGUAGACUACAGUGACUCACUGACGGAGAAGCAGUGGCUUAAGGCCAUUGAGGAGGGCACGCUGGAGGAGAUCGAAGAGGAGGUCCGGCAGAAGAAAUCCUCACGGAAGCGCAAACGGGACAGUGACGCCGGGUCCUCCACGCCAACCACCAGCACCCGAAGCCGCGACAAAGAUGAUGAGAGCAAGAAGCAAAAGAAGCGUGGGCGGCCACCUGCCGAGAAGCUCUCCCCAAACCCGCCUAACCUCACUAAGAAGAUGAAGAAGAUCGUGGAUGCAGUGAUCAAGUACAAGGACAGCAGCAGUGGACGGCAGCUCAGCGAGGUGUUCAUCCAGCUUCCCUCACGCAAGGAGCUGCCUGAGUACUAUGAGCUUAUUCGCAAGCCCGUGGACUUUAAGAAGAUAAAGGAGCGCAUCCGCAACCACAAGUACCGCAGCCUCAACGACCUGGAGAAGGACGUGAUGCUCCUGUGCCAGAAUGCGCAGACCUUCAACCUGGAGGGCUCCCUGAUCUACGAAGACUCCAUUGUUCUACAGUCAGUCUUUACCAGCGUGAGGCAGAAGAUUGAGAAAGAGGAUGACAGUGAAGGUGAAGAGAGUGAGGAGGAAGAGGAAGGCGAGGAGGAAGGCUCCGAGUCCGAGUCCCGCUCUGUGAAAGUGAAGAUCAAGCUUGGCCGGAAGGAGAAGGCACAGGACCGGCUGAAGGGGGGCCGCCGGCGGCCAAGCCGGGGGUCCCGGGCCAAGCCAGUGGUGAGCGAUGACGACAGUGAGGAGGAGCAAGAGGAGGACCGCUCAGGAAGUGGCAGCGAGGAAGACUGAGCUGCGACAUUCCAGUCUCAACCCCAAGCCCCUCGUUCCAGAGCUGAGAUGGUGUAGCCCCUUAGCAGUAAUGGGUAGCAGCAGGCGUAGUUUCAUACUUGGGAUAAAACUGCAUAAACAAAAAUAUCUUCCAUAUUUAUACGGCAGAGAAGAUAGGACUGUUUGUGUCUGGCCUUGUCAUGGCAUCAGUAGCAUUUGUAACAGCAUUAACUGUUUUAAAAAGAGAGAAUUAUGAAUUGGGGAACACACGAAACUGUUUUUCUUUUCCUUUCCUGGCAGUACUGUCGCAGCGCAGUUUGGAAUCACUGUAGUUAAGCUGUGGAUGCAUGUGUGUAGCCGUCCACUCCUCGUACUGUAUUUUAUCGGACAGGUCAGACUCGCCAGGGGCCCAGUGGGCAGGCGGGGGUAUGUCAGUGUCACUGGAUGUCAAACAGUAAUAAAUUAAACCAACAACAAAAC